UGUCUACUCUAAGACUCUAACACUCUAACUCGUAGUAAGACUAGUACUACUAGUAGUAGUAGCCUAGAGCCUCUAAAUACUCUAAUUCUAGUUACUAGAGUCUAGAGUUAGUAGAGUUACAAGUGCAAGUCACACUCAUGACAUGUCAAUACACAAUACUGUCAUUCAUGAGAUGAAUGACACUGGACUUCAUUACUUUAACUUUAGAAAAUCCAUCAAGCGGUCACUGAUGUAAAAAAAAAAAAUGACCAAGUCUAAAGCAAAAUCUGGACCUAAAAAAUUGAAAGAAAGUAAUAAAUCUUCCCCCAAAGCUACUCCAUCUCAGCAGUCAAAAACUAAGUCAACAGAUGCAGCAACAAAAGAUGAGACUAAAACAAAUCUUAAGAAAUCAGGUUCCAAAACUCAAGUCACUAACCAAGCUUCUCCUGAUAAGGCCGUCUCUUCUAGAAAAAAUGACAAGUCAGUGGUUUUGACUCCUAAACUUGAUCCCAAAGAUGACAGUGAGCAGACAUCUUUACCAGGCACUCCAUCCUCGUCUGUACGGAGAAGUGGCAGAGCCCCUGUGUUGUCCAGCAAAUUUAAAGAUAUGGAGGUGGAUCUGUUUACUGUUAGGAAAAGACCUUCAAACACUCUUGUGGGUGGUGAAACACCUACAGGGUCAGACAGUGACCAUGAACCUCCUAAAAAGAGAGGCAGGAAAUUAAGCCAUUUAGUUAGUGGUGGUAGCAAAAAUCUCCCUGAAUGUGAAGAAACUCCAUUCUUAGAAGAGGCACCUAAAGAAAUAAUGAAUAAGGAUUUGUCUAAAAAAAAAGUAAACAAAAAAACAUCAAUGGAAACUGUCACUAAAGAAGCCACUAAAAAAAUAGUUGAUGAGAUUUCUUCCAAAGAACAAGUCAAUGGGUUAGCUCAUAAAGAAAUAGCCACUGGGGUAUCUCCCCCCAAAAUUAUCAGUGAAGUGUCUUCUAAAGAAUUAGUCAGUGAUGUAACUUCCAAAGAAGUAGAAAAUGAUCCCAAGGAAGUAAUCUUUGAGGAACCAUCGUUAGAAAUAGUCCAAAAAGUAACACUUGAAGUAGAGAAACAAACGGUUAGAGAGGAACCUAUUGAAAUAGUGGAUGAUGAGAUAAUAGAAAGUGACGCAAAGAAUGUGACAUGUAAAGAGAGUGAAGCUGCAAAAGAUGUUUUUGAUGCAAACAAUGAGCUUGAGAAUACAGAAAGUCUUGAGGUAACUGUCAAUAAUGAGGUAACAGUGACUGCAGAGAAAGAAGGGAAUUCUAAAGAACUUAUGAAUAUAGAGAUCAUUGGCAAUGCCGAAGAAACUGUGCACACUGAGGAAGAUGUGAACACUGCAGGUGCUGCGGUGUGGCCCACAUCCAUUGAAAUCGAUGGGAAGCAAGUGACUCUGACAGAGAAAGAUGGGGAGACUGUGGCAGUAGUGAGCAUGCCCCUCUCUGCAACUAAAGUCGAAAGUAACCUCCACCCUUUUAAAUCUGAACCACUUGCAAGUAACCCAAAUGUAUCAAUCAUUUCUUUAGAACACUUUGGUCACAUCAGAGUGAAACAGCCCCCGACAUUGAAUAUGAUUGAACAGGAUGGCUCCUACUUGAACAUUGCUAUAGAACCUACUAGUAUCUCCAAGAUAAUGAAAGACUCUCAGGGUAGCAAGUCAACCAAGUGGCAUGGGCGUGUGUUAAAGGGUGAGCAGCCUUACGCUAGUAAUAUGGUAGUAAAGUCCGCAUUAGUACAGCCUCCUUCAUCCACUAACAUUGUUACUCUGAGCAAAGAUUCUCCAUUAGCAUCUCCGCCUGAGAUGUUUUCACUGUUGACAAAGAGUACAGUUGCCCAAGAAUCAGAGCCGUCCCCACAAAAAAACCCUAUGCAUGGGCUAUUACAAGUUAAAAAGCCACAGAAGAAAAUAGUCAUUGUUAGACAGGUUAGCCAUAAUCAUAAUGAGGUCAACGCUUCUAUUGCUGCUCCAGCUAAUUCAAAACCAUUAGGAGCACCAACUGUGGUGCGUGUUCCUCAAGAUUUGCCUUCUAAAAAGGGCUCCACAACAAUAGUGCACCUGCAGAAAGGACACGCAACAUCCACUGUGAUACCUAAUACAGAUAUUAAAACUGUGAUGAGAGCGUUGACUUCGGGCACUUCUAUUACUUCUCCCAGAACUGCAUCAGAAAUGCUUUUGAAGAAGCUACAAGAACAGCAAAAUAAAAUUGUAGUGAAUGAAGAUGCUACUACACCUGGUAUUGUUGUCAAGGAAAUGUCAAUAGUUCAAGUGAAAAUACCUCAAGAAGGAACAAAAGAAAAUGUUGAAAACACCGAAUCGGGAGAAGUGGAUCAUGUUAACAACGAGGUCACAGAAGUGGAUCAUGUAAAUAGUGACAUUCAGGUCGCAGAAGAAGUGGAUCAUGUAAAUAGUGACAUUCAGGUCGCAGAAGAACUGGAUCAUGUAAAUAGUGACAUUCAGGUCGCAGAAGAAGUGGAUCAUGUAAAUAGUGACAUUCAGGUCGCAGUAGAAGUGGAUCAUGUAAAUAGUGACAUACAGGUCGCAGAAGAACUGGAUAAUGUUCAUAGGAAGAUCCACAUCACAGUAGAACCAGUCGCUAGUGAAGUCAAAAUAGAAGCAGACGGGAAAGACAUAAAGAAGGGGACCAAUGUCUCCUUAAUUUUGGACAGUUCCACUGGAGAACUUGUGGAAGAGUUGGGAACACAAGAAACACCAUCUUCCUUGGACGCUACUGAAUCUGCUACUGAGCUGACAGAGAUGAAAAACGUAGAACUGAGUUGCAGCCCUUCUCCCGACAAGUCGACAAAAGCUGCCGAUUUACUUGUGGACAAAAUCAAAGUAAUAGACAACGGAAUAGAGUAUGACAUGAGAGUUAUAGAGGAGGAGGUCGCAGAGGAAAUCAUUGACAACACAGAUGAUACAGUACAGAAAGAAGCCAAGGGAGACUCUGCGGACAAUGUAGAGAUCAGCUCUGAUAUUUUGUUAAAGCAAGAACCUGAUGAUGAGGAUUCCAAUUCAGCCAACAAGCAUACAUCCGGCACCCAGACUGUAUACUCCCCUCAAGUUGCUGCUGAUCCAAGUUCUACUGUCACCACCUCUGGAGAAACAGUCCACACUUUGACCUCCGUGGAGGAGGAUGAAGAUGGACAGAAGAAACAAAUUUACUAUGUCUCUGUUGUUCCAAAUUAUGCAGUCAUGAAAAAGUCUGCUAAACAGGCCACUUGUACAAAUGAUACAAAUUGGGUCCUUAGUGACAAUGGCUUGUAUUGUUGUGGAAAAUGUAAUUACAAAACAGAUAGGAAAGCAAAUUUUUAUAAGCAUCGCAGAUUACAUACAGGUUCCAAACCUCAUGUGUGUUAUAUUUGUCAGUACAAAGCUGGAACCAGCAGCAACCUCAAACGUCACAUGGGCAUUCACAAAGACAUAAGGGAACAUAAGUGUGAUAUUUGUGGGCUCAGUUUUCGUCAGAAAAUCCAUUUGGAGAGACAUGUGAAAUAUAAACAUGAGGAAAAACGAGUUCAGUGUCCAAUGUGUGACUAUGUUUGUGCCAAUGAGCAACCAGAUCUUAAAAUGCACAUGAAACGAAAACAUUCUAGUGGUUCCUCUUGGGAGACAGUCACAUGCCCGCAGUGCAGUGCUGAAGUGAGUAGCAGGAAAGAUCUAAAGCAACACAUGAAGUUCCAUAAAGAUGGUCCCGAGUUGAAGCUGUUCUGCAAAGAGUGUAGCUUUGUUACUGACUGCCAGAGUAGAUUAAAGCGGCAUGUGGCCAUCCAUUCCAAGUUGAAGCCCUUUCAGUGUGGUGUGUGUAAUUAUCGAGCGGCACAGAAAGAACAUGUUCUCAGACAUCUUAGAACGCAGCAUAAGAUUGAAGUGAAAAAAGAAUGCAAAAGACCAUGGCGGCGGCACAAGAACAUAGAAACAGAAGAUGGUUCUAAAGAAAAAGCUGAUUUCUCAAGUGGUGAUAAAAUAUUUGCUUGCAAUCAUUGUAUUAUGAGGUUUGCUAAACUGAUCAACUUGUACAAACAUCUUCACACUCAACAUGCAGACAUUAUGCCAGCAGAAACAGAUGGCAAUUAUUUCUGUGUAGUUUGUGAAUUCUCGACAUCUUCCAAAAAGAAUCUUCUUGUACAUAUGAGAAGACAUAAUUUGAUUGACCAGACCCCGCCUUCUCAUGUGUACUCAUGUGUUCUGUGUCGGUAUAUAAACCCCAAACGUCGUAACUUGUUCCAACAUAUGAAGAAGAAACAUAACAUCAAUAUCAUUGGUCAACUGGAUGGGGACGAUGAAGGCUCACAGGAUAAUGAAAAUGGAGAGGUCAUCAAAUCUGUUCUCACAUCUAUGACUGAGGGCCAGGAUACAGCAGAGUCCUCAGAUUCACAAUCAAAGAAUGCAGGGAGCAUUGCCCAUGUUAUAAAGCUAGAAAACAUUGAGCAUGUGUCAGGGGAGGCUGAUGAUGUGCACAACUUGGUCAUUGACACUCGAGAAGAUGUUUCAGAUGUGAUUCACACAAGUCACACUGUAGAGGCUUUGGAAGGAUUACAAGCACUGGCAGAACAAGCUGGUCUCAUAGAUAAUAUCAUUGAAGAACAGUCAUCUGCCAAUGAAGAGCAGCACAUCGUGUUGGAAGCACAGAUGACUAAUACAGAGGUAGUCACUACUGAAGAUGGUCAGCACUUUCAGCAGAUAUUUGAUGCAGGGGAAAGUGAUAACAGUGCUGUGGGUCAGGCAGCUGGUGGUCUGGAGUUGACUGAUGAGCAGCUGUCCAGUUUGAGGUCUGGAGACAUGGUGGAGAUGGAUGGAGAGUUAUAUGUUGUAGAACUCACUCCGGACGCAACCAACCCAAACAAACAGGUGCUCUCAUUUUUACCUGUCAGCACAAGUUCCUAAUUUUGUAUAUAGAUCUAAUGGACUCAAUAACCGUCACAGUAAUUGUGGAUAGUAGGAACACAAAGUGUUAUGAACUGAUUUAUUCACCCAUGUUGCCUCAUUUUUCAAUCAUGUCCCAUUUGUUUAUAUAUACAUGCUAUGUUGACAGACUUGUACAUAAGUUUAGUGUACCAUUUACAUAAAUGUUAUACAAUAUUGAGAGAUUCUAUGUCUGUUGUGUUGGGGAAUUAUUUAAGCUUUGCAAUAAAAGUAAUUUAUUUUAUAAAUUGUUUAUAAAAUUUCUUUAGUUAGAGAAUGCCAUUUUAUGAAGGUUUAUUGAUAGAAUUUAAUAAUUAAAGCCAUUUGCAAAAUGGCAAUUUAAAAACAUAAUUUAGUACUAGAACAAAAAAAUAAAUAUGUGUACCUAACAUAUGUUUGUUCUAAAGACUAAAGUAUUCAUUACUUUCUUGGGCCUGGUAGUGUCAUGUCUACUUUAAAACUCAUGCAACACCUUGUAUUUUACUUCAUGUUUUCAAAUGUUAUGUUAUUAAAUCAUUCAAUUCCUAUGUACUUGUUGAUGUAAAUGUAUGUUUUAUUAAAUCCUGACUGUGCAAACCUUGAAGAAAA